CUUUCACCAGCGAUGCAUCCAGUCAGGAAAUAUUCAAUAUGAGGUUCUCUCAAGCCAUGUCAAACGCAGCAUCGACAGUAGGACAAUACGCAGGCAGAUACAUCUAUCCCGCAGAAACCUCUCGUCAUCUCGCCACCCUUCUGGGCUUCCCAUCCAGACACUCGAUCGCCUCAGCCUACUAUGACAGCGCAUGUACCGACAUAGCCAAUCUUGCCUCUGCGAUCUCAGCCUUCGAGCCUGUGCGGUUGUACUCGCGACCUGAAGAUCUCCCAAAAGCCCAGUCGAUGGUCAACCAGGCCAUUCCAAAGUAUACCGGCAACACAUCGAAUAUCUCCUUCAUUCCACUUGCAACAAAUCAUCUGUGGGUUCGGGAUACAGGGCCAGUAUACGUGCUCGGCACUGGAGAUGCCCGCUCACGCCGGUUCGCGAUCAACUUUCGCUUCCGCGAGUGGGGAAAGAGGGACGAGAUGGAGAGCCAGGACCGCGCGCCAGAUGGACUGGACUGGCCUAUCAUGAACACUGAGCAAUUGGACGAGAACGCAACCUUUGCCAGGAGAGUCAUAGAGACUGACGUCUUUCCUUCUCCGGUGACACUCGUCGAGUCCAGAGUCUGUCUGGAAGGCGGCGCAUUAGUCGUGGACGGGGAGGGUACCCUCCUGGCGACCGAAAGCAGUAUCAUCAACGACAACCGCAAUGCAGGCCUCUCGCGGACCGAGAUCGAAGCAGAGCUACGACGCUUGCUGGGGGUUGAGAAAAUCAUCUGGUUCCCCGGCCGGAAAGAUCUCGAUAUUACCGAUGUGCAUGCCGAUGCUGAGGUGAACUUUAUCCGGCCAGGUGUGGUUAUUCUCUCGAGGCCCCAUGCGAGCGUGCCUAGGCCCUGGCUCGAUGUUUACGAGGAAGUCCGAGAGAUUCUCACUCGGUCAGUGGACGCAAAGGGCCGUCCGUUCGAGAUCCAUACGGUGGACGAGCCGGACCCUGCUCUUCUCGGGCAUUUGUCCUAUGACGAACCGGCGACCAACUACGUGAACUUUUACUUUGUCAAUGGCGGCUUGAUCCUGCCUCAGUUCGGCGAUGAAGUGAGAGACCGGGACGCUGUGGAAACAUUUCAAAAGCUAUGUCCUGGCCGGGUGAUACGGCCUGUGUUUGUGCAUACGCUUCCAUUAGCUGGUGGUGUAAUUCACUGUGCGACUCAGCCUGUUAUCGCUGUGGAGGACUAAAGGCUGUAGGAUAGUUACAAAACAGGAGCUAUAAACCACUAUCCAAAGCAUCCUCCGUCCCUUUGGAACUUGCUCCUUUUCCAUAGCAUGGGCGCUCGGUAAACUAUCGUGGGUAUACUGUUGGUGCUCUGUAAAAUGAAGCGGUUUCCUUCCAUUGAAUUCGCGACAGUCAAGGACAUGUGAGAGGAGCAAAGAAGAACCCAGGCCAUGAUGAAUAAUGUUAAAAAGGAUCUAGAGCUAUGCAUGUAGCAAUCCAGCUCGAUAGACAAAGUAUUUGCAAUAAACAAGCAUCG